GUCAAAACAGUCACAAAAAUAAUAACAAAACUGAACAAAAGAAUUUUUCAUUUUGCAGUUUCAUUCUAAAUUUCGAAUUAAAAAUCGAGGUUGGUUGUGCAGCUUCCCAGUGCACUCUGUAGAAACAUUGAAAAACCGAUCAAAAUUUCAACACUAACUUUUUUGCACGAUAGCCACAAUUGAAGCUGAAACUCAAUUCCAUAUUGUAGUCAAUGUUAUCAGCUGAAGAAAACUAUUCGAACUAGCAAUCAUGGAUUACAUGCUAGACACGUAUGUAGGCUACGAUAUCGGAUCCGUCGAACCAGAUGACAUACCCAAAACUGAUGACGCAGUUUGGAUCCUGGGAAAGCAGUACAAUGCAAUUCAAGACUUAGAAACAGUGCGCCGGGAUGUACGGAGCCGAUUGUGGUGCACCUAUCGGCGAGGGUUUGUCCCCAUUGGUAGUUCACUGCUAACAACCGAUAAAGGAUGGGGUUGUAUGCUGCGCUGUGGUCAAAUGGUCCUGGCACAGGCACUCACUCAGCUACAUCUGGGGCGCGAUUGGUCCUGGACACCGGAAACAAAAGAUCCAACCUAUCUGAAAAUCGUUAAUCGCUUCGAGGACAACAAGCAGGCACCGUUUUCACUGCACCAAAUUGCACUGACUGGUGAAUCGUCGGAAGAGAAACGGGUGGGGGAAUGGUUUGGCCCGAAUACAGUGGCUCAAGUGCUGAAGAAGCUUGUCAAGUUCGACGACUGGAGCAGGCUAGUGAUCCAUGUUGCUCUAGAUAACACUCUCGCUACAGACGAAAUCAUGGAGCUUUGUGUUGACAAAUCCGAUCUGCCGAGUUGGAAACCUUUGCUACUAAUAAUACCGCUUAGAUUAGGGUUAAGCGAAGUCAAUCCAAUAUAUAUUGAGGGACUGAAAAAAAGUUUCGAGCUACCCGGGAACUGCGGAAUGAUCGGAGGGCGCCCUAAUCAAGCUCUAUACUUCAUCGGUUACGUUGGAGACGAGGCCCUAUAUUUAGAUCCUCACACUGUGCAGCGUAGUGGAAGCAUCGGUGCGAAAACCGAGCCAGAAGAGUUGGAAUUAGACGAAUCCUUCCAUCAGAAGUAUGCUCGACGGAUCAACUUUAAAUCGAUGGAUCCAUCGUUGGCCGUGUGCUUCCUCUGCGCGACAAAGGAAGAUUUCGACGAUCUAAUUCGAAGAUUCAACGAGGAACUCAACAGCGGAAGCUGCCAGGCAUUGUUCGAGGUAACCAAAGCGCGACAAGCUCCCUGGACACCCACAACUGCAUCGUCAACAUCCUCGCGAAAAAACAGCGAACCGAAUGAAGCAUUUAAUGAGAUCUCCGCGACAGAAAUUGUUAAUGAAGAAUUUGAGGAAGUCGAAACACGACAGCUAGACGAUUCAGAUGAGGAGUUCGAGAUCAUUGUGUAACGGACAAUUCGGUUCCAGACAACCAAAGGGAACCCUUGCCUAUACGUGUAUAGGUGUUUGCUGCUUCCGCGCGUACGUGGAACAUUUGUAUGACAUGUCUUGUACAAUAUUGUGUUAUGCAAUUCUUAAGAAUCUGAAGAUCCCGCAUCAUCACAGAAAAUAAUAUGCUAAAGUGCUUUACAGAAACAAAUCAACUCAGCUCGUCGUUAGUUUUCACCAUAAAUUCGAGUUUUUAGUAGGUGUCAUUAAAUAUACAUUUUCUCAAUACAUUUCACGCUACGAGAAAGGGCAAUAUGAAAUAGUUGGACAAGGUUGAAUGUGUGUGGAAUAACAGUUUUUAUGAUGAUGAUGAUAACAAAAAGAGAAUAAUUGAUGCGCAACUUUUUUUUUCGUUGACCCACUUUCUACGACUGGAUUUACCACACAAAUUAAUCUUUCAUAAAUUAGUAAAUAUUUUAAAAAAAAAUUAUUUUAUCUAAUUGCUAAUUUGUAUCAAAAUAGUCUGGAAAGAAAUAUAAGUGUGAAAAUGAAGAUAUUGCACCUUGAAUACAGUUUCAUCUUGUUCCGGAUCAAUACAGAGUAAUC